GGCUGAAUCAUAAAACACUGUCAAAGGUUGUACAUUUACAUUUGUAUUUCAGAUACUUUCAAUUUUCAGGUGACGUAUGUUUAUUUGUUAAUCUACCCACUUUGAAUAAAAUAUGAUUAAAUAAACAAACAAGGUAUCUUAAUUGACGUGAAGAACAAAGAGCAGAGCAGGAUCUCAAUUGGUGGUGCUGCAUAUUUAAACCCUGUAGUUAAUCCAGCAGUGAUUAUAUAAACCACAGGCAGUUGAAUCUGCUCACAGGACCAAAGGAGCUUGGAUAAGUUGUGUUCAUGUUAUUGUUCUAAUAAAAGGAAACAUGAUAGUGCUAAUAGAUCUAUUGUUAAUGCUCUUGGACAUGACUUACACCAUCAUCAAUGCGGUGGUUCGCACUGUUCUUCGGCCGCGUCUCAAAUCAGUGGACGGGGAGGUGUGUUUGAUCACGGGCGCUGGCGGAGGGCUCGGGCGACUCUUUGCGCUGGAGUUCGCCAGAGAAGGUGCCGAGCUAGUGCUGUGGGACUGCAACACUGAAGCCAACGAGCACACGGCCAGGCUAGUGAGGGAACUUGGCAGCAAAGCGCACACGUACACAGUGGAUCUGUCCAAGCGCGAGAGCAUCUAUCAGACCGCUGACCGCGUGCGGAAAGAGGUUGGCGACGUCAACAUAUUGGUCAACAACGCUGGAGUCGUUGCUGGGCGACGGUUCCUGGAGUGCCCGGAUGAACUGCUGGAGAGGACCCUUCUGGUCAACUGCCACGCGUUGUUCUGGAUGACAAAAGCCUUUCUGCCACAGAUGAAAACCAAGAACCACGGACAUAUUGUUACUGUUGCAAGCACUCUUGGUCUGUUCAGUACCGCUUGUGUAGAGGACUAUUGUGCUAGUAAAUUUGGAGCUGUAGGUUUCCAUGAAUCUCUGACUCAUAGUUUGUUAACAGAGGAAGGUGUGGAUGGGGUGAAAACCACCCUGAUCUGCCCGUACAUCGUCAACACUGGCAUGUUUGCUGGAUGCCAAAUCAGGAAGGAACUCCAAGGCCUGAUUCCACCACUGGAUCCUCUAUACUGUGUUCAGGAGUCAAUGAAAGCCAUUCUGGCUGACCAGCAAAUGGUUUGCAUCCCCCGCGUUAUGUACUUCGCUAUCCUCUCGCGGGCGUUGCUCCCCUGGGAUGCUAACGUUGCAACAUAUCGUUUUAUGGGAGGUGACAAGUGCAUGUAUUCCUUUAUUAAGGCCAAACAACAGCAACAGGUUGUUAAUGGUCAUGUGAAAUCCUCUUAGAUAUCCUGUAAUAGCUCCAUACAUUAUCCACAUUUCAAGGCAAUAAGCCUAGAUUACAUUCAUAGAAUGUAAAGCAUUUGGCUGCUAUCUUUAAAAAACAUUUACAAAUGUACUUCAUGGGGACCAACAGAAAUAUAUUUAUUUUUCUGUACAAAAAAACCUAUUGUAUUGUAAUAUUGGAAUGAAUCUGUUCAUAAAUUGACUGAUUAUUAGACCUUUUUCAGAGCCAGGUACAUCUGUGCAGAUUAUAUGUGCCUGCUAUAAGACAGUUGUAUUUUAAUGUAACUUUUAAAAGUAACA